CGCUGUGUUCAACACAAAAAUACAACCAACAACAACAACAAGGAUAUCCGUAAAAUCGCCGGGAAAAAAUAUCACGAAACGAUAUUUUGAGUCUUAAAAACGAAAACAUAAACGGAAUUAAAUUGAAUGUGUUUCACGAGACAACAAUAAAGUAGAAGAAAUAAAAAAAACCAACCUACUGAAGCAACAAUCAAAAGUUUAUACGUGCGUGCGUUCGUUGCCGCUAAAUAAAAAUGUGUACAAAAUUUCAAAAGUGCAAAUUUAUUUAAAUUACUUCGUAGUGCUCAACGUUCAAAAGUUAACAAAUAAAGUUAAAUAAAACGCAAACAGAGAAGUUGGCUAACGGUCCACAGACUGGAACAAAAUACGCGAACCUAAUUGAAUUUGGUGCGCAAAAGAGUAGAAAAUUGCAACCUGUAGCUCGGCCACUCGGCUCCGAUUUUGAUUUUGAUUUUGAUUUUGGUAUUGGUAUUGAAUUCGGCUAUUGUGCGAGCGAGCAGGCCGGAAGCCAAUCCCAAAUGCAAUUGUUUUGAACCGCACAGCUGAGCCGAGCUUAAUACCUGUUAGACAACAAAUCAAGCGGCCGCCGCAACAAGGAAAACAAAAACAAGGCAGGCAAAAUGUGGUGCAUUGUCAACUUGCCCAACGGCACCCAGCAAGCCGUCAAGUGGGAUCCCAAAGCCAAUGGUCAGGAGUGUCUGGAGAAGGUCUGUCGCGCCCUGAACAUCAUCUGCGAGAUGGAGUACUUCGGCCUGGAGCACUGGACGCCCAACCAGAAGGAGUCGCAGACGCGGCAGUGGAUUAACCUGCGCAACCGGCUCUCAGGAGACAGUGGCAGCAGUGGCAGUGGCAUCCAGUUGAUGCUGGCCCUGCGGGUCAAGUUCUGGGUGCCGGUGCACUUCAUCCUGCAGGAGAGUGUGCGGAAUCUGUUCUACAUGCAGGCGAGAAGGGAUCUUCUGGAGGGUCGUCUUUCCGCUCCCGAUUGGAGUGGAGCAGCCAAGCUGGCAGCUCUCCUCUGCCAAGCAGAUGGUCUACGCUUUAAUGAGUCAUCUUUGAGGGCCGACUGCCCGAUGAGAAUGCGAAGGGAGUUGGCCCAACAGCAGCAGCAACAGCAACAGCAGCAACAACAGAGAUUGGAGCAGCAGCGAAAGGAGAAGGAACAUGUCCUGAGUUUCAAGAAAAGGAGGUUAUCCAAACAGAAAUCCAUGGAACACAUCGAGAUCUGCACGCUGCCCACAACGAAUAGCAUCACAAGUUGCAGUCUCCAGCCAUCGCCAUCCGCCUCUGCAUCCGCCUCCGCCUCCGCAUCCGCUUCAGCAUCUGCAUCCGCAUCCGCAUCCGCCUCGACAUCCGCGUGCUCGCAAACGCAUUCGAACAGCAGUUCCAGCAGUCCGAGCAACAGCAGCAGUCAAACGGGACUGGAUGAGCGGCUGGCCAGCAAUCCGCUGCGGAUGUACGAGGAGUACCUGAUCCAGCCGAGUUCCGAGGGCGAACCGCCGGCGGAUUAUCUCCGCCAGAUCGCCAUGGAGCACGGCAAGCUGGCCAAGCUGCAGAUGAGCAUCAAGUCGGCCAAGUACUGGUUGCUGAAGUCCAUCCAGGACUUGGAGGGCUAUGCCGAGGAGCUGUUCAGCGGAGUGACCACCAACGAGAGUGCCACGCGGUGCGACAUCGCGGUGGGCGCCCAUGGCAUCACCGUCUGCAAGGGGGGUGAGAAACAAAGCAUCCCCUUUGGCGCCAUCGCUGCGGCCAAGUCGCUGCGUCGCACCUUCAAGCUGGAGUAUGUGGACGACCACAACGAUCGGAAGGAGCUGGAGAUCAAGCUGCCCAAGCAGCCGAUUGCCGCAGGACUCUACCGCUCCAUCACAGAAAGGCAUGCGUUCUACGUGUGCGACAAAGUGCGCGGAGUGGUGACCAACCAGUUCACCAGGGAUCUCAAGGGCACCAUCGCCUCGAUGUUCAUGGAGAACACGGAGCUGGGCAAGCGGUAUGUGUUCGAUAUCCAGCACACCUGCCGCGAGGUUCACGACCAGGCGAGAAGGACGCUCCACGAACGGGGAGGAGAUCUGGUGGCCGAGGGAGCCGAAGGAUGCUCUGCUGCCGUUGGCGGAGGACUGGGCGCCGCUGCCGGUGAUCCGCUGGACGAUGUGGCCGGGGUCAGUGGGCUGUCGAUGUCGAUGACGAUGGGGAUGGCGACUGGUGGCGGCGGCUCCAUGGCCGGCAAGAUAGAUUUGGCCAUUCGCGAGAAGGAGGCGCGUGAGGCGGCGAUUGAGCGCUGCGUGGACACGCGCAUCUCGGAGGCCAUGCAGUGCAAGAUCUGCAUGGACCGCGCCAUCAACACAAUGUUCAAUCCCUGCUGUCACGUCAUCGCCUGUGCCCAGUGCGCUGCGAGAUGCAGCAACUGCCCGAACUGCCGGGUGAAGAUAACGAGCGUGGUCAAAAUCUAUCUGCCGCCGGAGCUGCGCACCAGUCAAGUCGAUGGCGGCGCCACAACCGCCAGCGGCAGCAGCAGCAUCACUCACCUCGAUGGCAGUGGCCACCAGAUGGAGGAGCAGCUCCACCAGCUGGAGGAGAUCUCAAUGGCAUCCGGAUCCCUGGAGGCGGGAUCCUCGGCGGGAGCAACCGGAAACGGAAACGGAAUUGGAGGGCAGCCGAAGGUCACGACGGCCGCCUAGAAUUGGUUGUGCUCGCUGCUGUUCCGGCUGAUGGAAUGGGUGUGCGUGCCGAUUGUCUGAGAUGCAACAUGAUCCACUAACGAUUCUAUUUGACCACAACACCUAAAUGGGAACAAACCAGCUAAAACAAACGAGCAACUAGCAACUAGCAACUAGCAACAUGCAACAUGCAACAUGUCAUGUGCAACAUGCAGAAGGGAAUUUGUUCUAGGGAAAAGAUAAGAAUUCGAAAUGGAGUAGUCAGUCUGUCAACAAUCUUAGCUCUAUCUUUACUCAAGUAUUUUACGGAUAUAAGCAACUGAAAACUUUAACUGUAACUGUAAACUCGUAACUCUAACUAUGAUCUAGAUAUGCUAGCGAUUUACACGAUAUACUAUACUAUAUGAUAUAUUUACUAUUUAUAGAUGUACGGACUUCGAGAAAGUGCUAUUUAAACUCGUCUAAGACUUCACUGCAUAGCCUAUGCCUAGAAUCUAUAACUGCAGAUUGUUUCAUAUUCAUAUACACACUGUAUACACAUAGAUACUAUAUAUUUACGAUCGUUAUAGAUCAGCGAUACCUUAUACGAUAUAGCCCUUGAAUGUACAACAUAGUUACUUACUAAAUGUUAGUCAUUUUACCAACUAAACUCGAGAUGUAUUUAUUAACGCCUAAACUCUUUAGUAUUCCAACUCCCCCAAAAACCCAGAAAGCCCCCCCCAAGAAACCCCCCAAUUCUCACAUAUAUCCUAAAGAAUAUACGAUAUAUAUAUAUGUUAGCGUGUGUAUAUAGGACAAGCGUACAAUAAUCGCAAACCCAAGGAGCAAAGUAGUACUAAGUACCUGCAAAACAAACAGAAACGGAAACAGAACACGAAACACGAAAAGUAUCUCUGCAGUGGAUAUUACAUAGUCAAUAAUAAAUGUUAACAAUGUUAUACUAUAUAUACAUAUAUAUAUAUAUAUAUACAUAUAAAAGAAAACCAAUGAAAAACCUUAAAUGUA